AUGGGUUUCGGGCCUGAUUUAACAAGCCAGUUCGCUUCCUUGUUCAUACACAAGCAACACAGGUAAGUCUUCAUUAACUUCUGUUAUCAUGUUAUAUUAUAUAUUGAUCUAUUAUCUUAUAUAAUCCUUUACAGUAUGAGCACCAAAUUCUUGGCCGGUCUCGCGGCCUGCACCUCCGCUCUCGUCGUGGUCAUCUCUCUGAUCACUGUCGGUGUUCUCUUCCAAGACAUAAACUCCAUGUACGACGAAGUCAUGGAGGACAUGCAGGAGUUCAAGUUCAUGGCUAACGAGGCUUGGCAAGGAGUGAUGAUUGUCUCGGGAACCCAAGGAAUCACCAAGGCGCGACCUUCUUUCGUCCAACUCAUCGGUCGUAACAAGCGUCAAGCCUCUUGCAACUGUGCUCCAGUCGCAAACAGCUGCCCACCUGGACCUGCUGGAAAGCCCGGAAGUCGAGGAGAGCCCGGGAUUGAUGGAAAACCUGGCAAAGCAGGCAAUCCAGGAGCCCCUGGAGAGGUCCCCAGCACAACCCCCAAGCCAAAAGCAGAGUGCAUCAAGUGCCCAGCUGGAAGACCCGGUCCCCCAGGACCCCCAGGAACCGCUGGAGAAGCCGGAAUUCAAGGACACCCAGGAGAGGCCGGAUACCCAGGAAACGACGGAUUCCCAGGCCCUCAAGGUCCACCCGGAGAUCAAGGAGAACAAGGACCACCCGGAAACAAGGGACAGCCAGGACAUCCAGGCCAAGACGGACGAAAGGCCACCUCCCCACCUGGCCCCAAGGGACCUCCAGGCCGUCAAGGAAACCGUGGCCAUCCAGGAGCUCGAGGAGAAGCCCCACCACCCGGAGAACCAGGAGCGCCCGGACCACAGGGACCAAUUGGACAGCCAGGAGAGCCAGGAAAGGACGGAGAGAACGGCAAACUCGGAGGUCCAGGUGCUCCCGGAAAGGACUCUGGAUAUUGCCCUUGCCCAACCAGAAACAGCGCCCCUCCUGCCCCACCACCACGCGCUUCUCCAUCUGGACCUCGUCAGCCAGUCAUCUCCCCAAGUGCCGGAGCUGGCCAGGGAUACGAUGCCCCUGCCACUUCUGGAGGAAACAAGAACGGUUACAGACGCCGUUUCAAGCAGAUCUAA